AUCUUGCCUGCGGACACAUCUGAACUGCACCCGCGCACCGCGGAGACGCUGCUGGGCCAUGAAUGAUGCAGCAUUCGCGCGCCGGCGCAGCGUGGACGUCGGCGGGCUUGCCCUUGCCCUGGCGGACGGGAGCUCGGGGCAGGGCUGGGGUGGGUGGGACGAGGCCGAGGCAGGCGAAACAAAGUACGCCGAGGUUCUGAUCGACGUGCGCGCACACACAGAAACCAUCAUCAAUUAUGAUACUGCGUCUCUCGCGCUCGUGGUCGAAGACGGUACCCGAUAUCGUCUCAUCCACUCCCUAUGCACGUGGAACUUCGAACCACACAAGCUGCCCGAAGAAGAGGUCCUCGCGUGCUCGUAUAUCCUAUUCGAGGCGCUAUACCGUAUCGAGGGCAUGCAGGAUGCAGUAGGCAUCCCUCUUUGCAGUCUCGCGUCGUUCCUUCAGCACCUCCGCCAAGUGUACCGCCAAGGUAACACAUAUCACAACUUCCAGCAUGCAUUAGACGUGUUCCAAGCAACGUACUACUUUCUGUAUCGCGCGGGUAUGGUCCCGCCUGUAUCAAUAUUACUGCAUGCAGACGCCCGGACCUGGCAAAGAGACAAGGACUCCGCAUCCAGCCAUUGUAUAUCACGCCUGACACCAGAAGAUAUUUUCGCACUACUAAUUGCAGCUGUCGGCCAUGACGUUGGCCACCCGGGGCUCACGAAUGCCUUUAUGAAAAACGCCCGCACGCCUCUCGCAGUCGUCUACGACGACAAGUCUGUGCUUGAGCAGAUGCACUACUCGCUCAUCCUCCAGAUCAUGCGCCACAACGGGCUCGGCUCCCUGCUCGACCGCCCACAUCGCGGUGCGGCCUUUCGCCGGCUGCUCCUCGGCACGGUGCUCGCGACGGACCUUAGUCUCCACGGCGAGUUCAUGGACGGCUUCCGCGCGCUCCUAGAGGGAAAUCCUCUCGACGAACAGGCGUGCAAGAUUCUUCUUUGCCAGGCGCUCAUCAAAUGCGCGGACAUCAGCAAUCCGUGUCGGCCAUAUAGCGUAUCGAAGCACUGGGUUGCUGCCCUCGAGUCGGAGUGGACAAGCCAGCUGAUGCUCGAGCGGCAUCUGCACCUCCCUGCAACAGUCAAGCCAUCGGACGAUUCAUUGGAGAUGGAGGAAUUCGCACUACAAUGCCGUGGGAACCUCGCUCGGUGGGAAGUGCGGUCAACAGAGCUUUCCGCUGCUGUCGAUGCGGACGCGAGAGCCACCGUCAACGGCACUGCAGAACCGCCGUCGCCGACGUCUGGUCCCGCUGCUGUACCACAAUUCCAGCUCGUCGAGAAUUUCCUUUCCGCUUUCCCACCGACCCUCCCGGACUCCUUCCGCAGCUCAGAGGACGCUCAUUCGCUGUCCUCCUCGCCCCCAUCACACCCUUCCUCGCGUUACUCGCACUCACACUCUGCCUCGGGCUCGUCCGGCUCCAGCCACUACGAGUCCUGCGAGUCCGGCCCGCCCUCGCCCUGGGUACUCCCUUCGCCUGCGGCCUCCGAUCUCCAGCCACGCCUCGAAAUCGCGACGCCGCCUGCGCUGUUUGCAUCUGACUUCCGCUUCCGCCCGCCGAGCGCCGCGUCCGUGCGCUCCGCAAGUACUGCGCAGGCACACGACGCGACCGCAGCGAUCCGUGCGGCAUACAAGGCGAGUGUGCGCAAGAAGAAGAGCUGGCACCGCAGCUCGUGGAAUCCGGGCGGUGCGUCCAGCCCGGGGAGCGGUGCGCCGCUCUCGCCCACGGGGCCCAGUCCGCUCACGGCGCAUUCGUCUCCGAUGACGACGCACUCGCACAGCCCGCUGACGCCCCUCGACGCAAUCGCGCACGAUGUGCGAACAAGCCCGCUCAAGGAGUGCGGCGAUCCCACAUCGCCGACCUCAUGACGUGCUGUUCCUCUCAUGAAGGUUGAAGCAGUUCGCAAUCAGUGAAUGUAUCAUAGAUGUAUCAAGGCUCCAGUCUUCGCUUUCGCUGUCGAUGUGUUUCGCCAUGUUGUUGCAGCCUAAUCAUUCUCCUAGGGGCUUGGAGGUGUGUCAGCUACGCUUAUAACAUGGCGCGAUUCUUGGUUGAGAUCGCUAUGGUCAGCGCAAGCCUUCUUCGGAGGAACGCUGUUAUCCUGUUUACCCUUAUGUUAUACCCUCAGGCCCCCUUGUGUAGCUGUAGGAAUGUCAGCCUAUUGCCCUAUGGGCGCAGUUUG